AUGGCUUCCCGCGAAAUUCGAAUCUUAUCUUUCAGGAAUUAUUGCACCUCAGGAAUAACGGUCGUAUUUGCUGCAUUGUUCACUUUUUCUCAAUCAAUUCUUACCGGAACUUCUUGGAGUCAAAAUUUAGUAACAGUACAAAUAGAAUAUUAUGUUACUGGAAUUUAUGGGGAUCAAUAUACAUCGUUAUUUUAUGAAGCUUUAUCGUGGUUAAUUUCACAACAAACUAAAAAAUUGGAUAAAGGCGCAUUCAUAGUUCAGCCAACUAAUUCCGUAGGCACUUCUGAUGAAGAAGAUUGUUCACCUCCGAGUUUCAACAUUCUUCCAGAAAAAAGUCAGCAAAUUACCAUUGAAUUUAAUAAUAGAAAAUUUCAUGUAGAAUUUAAUAUGCCUGAAGGAGAGAAAACCAAUACCUCAGAAAAUAAUAAUAAUUCAUCCAAUGGAACAAAACAAAUGCCAUCUAUUUAUUUGAGUACCACCAAAGAUUUCAAAACAAAUGUGGAUUCCAUAUCCGAAUUUCUAAAUGAAGUCACGCGCACAUAUUUGGAGACACAGAAAAAACAAAAAACGCGUUCGCGAUAUGAACGAAAUGAUGGUUAUUGGUAUAAAAUCCAAUCAUUAUCAUCUAACCGUGGUUUAGAUUCAGUAGCACUUGAUGAACCGCAAGAAAAAUUGUUAGAAAAAGAAAUUAAUACAUUCAUAAAUGACAAGGAAUUUUAUCAAAGAAUUGGUAUGCCGUAUAAGAGAGGGAUUCUUUUAUAUGGUAAACCGGGGACUGGAAAAACAAGUCUCAUUAACGCAAUUACUUCACAUUUAUCACGAGAUUUAUAUUAUUUGAAUUUGAAAAAUAUAACUGACGAUAAUGAAUUGAGUGCAGCAUUUUCAUCAAUUCCGGCAAACCAAAUAUUAAUACUUGAAGAUGUUGACACUCAAUCAAAAGUCUUACACAAAAGGAAAGGAAGUUCAUCAGAUUUUAAUUAUAACAAUUCUUCGGAAAAUAAAGUUGCUGGACCAUCAAAUAAAGGAGGUUCAGAAAGUUUUUCAAAAUUCAGUUUAUCAACAUUUUUAUCUUGUUGCGAUGGUCACAUAUUAGCAGAAGGAAUUAUAAUAAUUAUGACGACUAAUCAUAUUGAAUUAUUGGAUCCUGGAAGGUUUGAUCUUCAUCUUGAUCUUGGUUAUGCGACACAUUAUCAAAUUGCCAAAAUGUAUAAUAGUGUAAUAGAAGAUCCAAAAGCACAAUUUCCAUCUGAAAUAAUGUCAAAGAUUCCUGAACACCUUCUCCCACCUUGUGAAAUUAUGAUGACUAUGGUAUUGUAUCGUAAUGAAAAACAAAUAAUACCACAAAAGAUUUUAGAAUUAGUUAAAAAAUAUGAACACAUGAGUCCCGAAGAGAUUGCAAAAAAGAUGGAAGAAGAAGCCCUCAGAAUUAAAGAUGUUCCUGAAAUUAUUUCUUCAGUUAAUGAGAAGGAAACAGAUAAAAUAGAAAGUAUUUUAAAUUCUAAUUCAUUUUCAGAUGUUAAAAUAGAAGAAAAUGAUUCAAAAAAUGUAAACAAUAAAAUAAAUGAUGAUGACACAGGUAGUAACACUGAUGUAGAUCCAAUAUAA